UGGUGUGUGUGAUUGUGAAGAUGUGCAAUUCUUUGACCCAUCAGGGAAACAUGAGAAGGGGAUAUUAAUCCAAAAUGGUUUAUGGAUUAAUUCUUCCUACAAGAUGAGCAAACUUCUCUUUGGUUGUAUGAUUGCAGACAUGGCUCGAAGAAGAAGUAUUCUAAAAUUCUAUGCACUUGGAGAGGUCUAAAAAGAAGUUUUGAGUCUCCACCUUGAGGACAAGGUGGUUUUCGAAGAAGUCACAACGUGUAAUUUGGCGAGAGAGGCUCUUUACUUGCUACGCGAGCGCAAGGAUGGGUUCGACAUUGUGAUCAGCGACGUGAACAUGCCAGACAUGGAUGGUUUCAAGCUUCUGGAGCACGUCGGCCUGGAGAUGGAUCUGCCCAUGAUAAUGAUAUCCGUGGAUGGGGAGACGAGCCGGGUGAUGAAGGGGGUCCAGCACGGCGCCUGUGAUUACCUUCUCAAGCCGAUCAGGAUGAAGGAGCUCCGCAACAUAUGGCAGCACGUGUUCAGGAAGAGGAUACACGAGGUGAGGGACAUUGAAGGCCACGAGAGCCUUGACGAGAUGAUGCUCAGAGGCGGAGCAGACCUCUCGGAUGAUGGCUUCUUCUUCGGUGGGGAUCCAGUCUCCGGGAAGAAGAGGAAAGACGUUGAUUACAAGGGUGAUGACCGCGUGGGUGGCGACCCUUCCUCGUUGAAGAAGGCGAGGGUGGUUUGGACUGUGGAUCUUCAUCAGAAGUUUGUCAAAGCGGUUAAUCUGAUUGGAUUUGAGAAAGUUGGCCCCAAGAAAAUCCUCGACCUGAUGGGCGUGCCGUGGUUAACUAGAGAGAAUGUGGCUAGUCACCUGCAGAAGUAUCGCCUCUACUUGAGCAGGUUGUAGAAGGAAAACGAGCUGAGAGCCACGCUUGGUGGGGCGAAGCUCUCGGAUUCAUCCCCAAAGGAUGCUGCUGCUACUGCUGUUCCUGGAAAUGCUGGCCUUCAAACUCCAGUCACCAAAGCUUCACCCUGUUUGAAACACGACGAUCCAAAGAGCUGUGAAGGAAACGUCAAGUCUAUGCCAAUGGCAGAGGCGAAGGCGGCUGCUGAGGUGAAUGAUCUUGCAAAGAGUAGCACCUCAAGCAUCAGCUUUGAACAAUCUUUUGGCCAGCUGAGUUCCGAUGCGAAAUCCGAGCCUAAAAUCCAAGUCCAGUACUCGUGGAGUGUUGGGGCUCCGCCUCUCCCGUUCAAACACGAGCAGAAGCCACCAGCUGCGUUCAAACACGAGCCUAAGCCACCUCUCCAGUUCAAGAAAGAGCAGCCUCUCUUCAUUGCAGAGCAUCACCGGUUUGAUCACGUUCCUGUGGCCGUGGCCGUGCAGAGAAAACCAUCCGACACUCCAUCACCAUCUGCAACGAGCAAAAGGAGCCAGCACAACGAGAAAGCAACCAAAGUCGAGAGCACCGCAGCUCUCUUCUGAUUGAGGUCUAUAAAGAAGUUUUGAGUCUCCACCUUGAGGACAAGGUGGUUUUCGAAGAAGGUGGGAAUGAUACGCUCGGCCCAAUCUCUAGAUUGGCCCAAUUAUGCUCCAGCCCAUUAGCCCAUUAG